GAAGGCGGGAUCUGCUGGAUGGUUGACUGGAGUUUCCCUUGCGGUCUGAAGAUUAAUGGAAAGGCUCUGUUGAUCUGUGGAAUCUUCGCUCCGAGGAAACCGUCUGUCUUCGCGCAUGGCGUCGAAGUAGAUGGGCAUUUGACUACCUAAGACAACCGUCGCAGGAUCUACGAGUAUCCCGGACGUGUUUUUUAUUCAGGGCUUUCCAGAGCAGGCCUUGUCCAUACAGUUAGUACGGCUACGGGAUGUGCUAACGGCUAACGAUUUAGCAUACAGGUUUGACAGGCCGAAGGCGGCUUGGAACAUAUGCUACAGCUGGUGCUUCGGGACACACCAACCCGCCCUUAGAAGCCAAGAGCAUUCGGCAGAAUCAUUUGCAUUGCGUUUAUCCGAAUUUGCUCGGAAGAUCGUGUAACGUUAGCAAGCGAACACCCAUUGCUCGACUAAGCUACAAAAGCGUUAGCUGCCGAGUCGAGUUUCCAGAACUGAUCCAGAAAUUGAACACCAGGAGAAACAUUAGGGCCCAUUCGUUAAUAAUGUUGGCUAGAAGUUAACUGACAGGGAAAGGUAGCACAUCUCGACGACUUGUAUUGGAAGAUCCAAAGCCUACGGAACCCGAAUCAGCCUGCCACCAUGGGCAACACGCCCACCGCCAAGAAGGGCAAUGAGAUGGAGAGCGUGAAAGAAUUUCUUGCCAAAGCCAAAGAAGAUUUUCUAAAGAAAUGGGAGAAUCCUGCACAGCAAACUGCGGCGUUGGACCACUUCGACCGCCUGAAGACUUUAGGAACUGGUUCUUUUGGCAGAGUGAUGCUGGUGAAACACAAAGAGUCCGGCCAGCACUUUGCCAUGAAAAUACUCGACAAACAGAAGGUGGUGAAGCUGAAACAGAUAGAACACACACUGAACGAGAAACGUAUCCUGCAGGCGGUUAGCUUUCCCUUCCUGGUGCGACUGGAGCACUCAUUUAAGGACAACACUAAUCUGUACAUGAUCAUGGAGUAUGUUCCCGGAGGAGAGAUGUUCUCACACUUGAGGAGAAUCGGUCGAUUCAGUGAGCCGCACGCCCGCUUCUACGCCGCCCAGAUUGUACUCACCUUUGAAUACCUUCACUCGCUGGAUCUCAUCUACAGAGAUCUGAAGCCAGAGAAUCUGCUCAUCGACCAGCAGGGUUACAUACAGGUCACAGAUUUUGGAUUUGCGAAAAGAGUGAAGGGUCGAACCUGGACACUCUGUGGCACCCCGGAGUACCUGGCGCCGGAGAUCAUCCUCAGUAAGGGUUACAAUAAAGCCGUGGACUGGUGGGCUCUGGGGGUGCUGAUUUAUGAAAUGGCGGCGGGUUACCCGCCGUUCUUUGCCGACCAGCCCAUUCAGAUUUAUGAGAAGAUUGUAUCAGGGAAGGUUCGCUUCCCCUCCCACUUCAGUUCUGACCUGAAGGACUUGUUGAGAAACCUGCUGCAGGUGGACCUGACCAAGCGCUUCGGUAACCUCAGGAACGGAGUCAACGAUAUCAAGGGUCACAAGUGGUUCGCCACCACGGACUGGAUCGCCAUCUACCAGAGGAAGGUCGAAGCUCCUUUUAUUCCCAAGUGCAAGGGCCCCGGCGACACGAGCAACUUCGAUGACUACGAGGAAGAAGAAAUCCGAGUCUCCUUCACAGAGAAAUGCGCAAAGGAGUUUGCAGAGUUCUAGAUUGUGACCACAAGUAGCUGCGAGACGGGGAUUUAGGAAGCUCACGGGGAUCUGAAGGAAGAAAGCACCAGGGUGGACUGCUAACUCGCUUAUUUUUGACAACAUUGUAAACCCCCACUAGUCAAGGCAAAGUGAGGAAAGCUCCAACAGAACCAGCAGUGUUGCCUUUUUUUCUGAUUGUUUCUCUACUGUUACCAUUUUUUUUUCCUCUCACCCUCCCGUGUUUGUGGCAAGGGCUGGAGGAGAAGAGGCCAAGCCGCGGGCCGUUCAGCUAGUAUCUUUCUGAUGGUGUGAUGUUUUCAGUCUUUGCAGGAUUCGUUUUUGUUGAGGUACAGAGGGGACGAGCUCGAGCCCGAGAGCGACUGGUCGUGUCCGCCUCCCAUUGUCCGCCCCCUCCCACCCCCAACCC